AAUUCAAUGAAGUAUUUACCGAGCCAAGUUUAUUACCGUCUCCUACUCGCCCAUCCUUGAACAGACCGGAUUCUGAAUACUAUUUUAAUACUACGGGCUCGCCAACUCAAUCCAUUUUCCGCAUUAAUGAUACUCCAGUAUCCGCAGAUAUAUCUUCUUCGGAAGCCGAAAUAUUAAGAAAAGUAGAUUCUCGAAUUAACGAAAAAUUUUGGUUUUUAGAGCAAACCUUAAAACAACAUUUUGAGCAACCAACGGCAAGAACAAAUACACCUCAGUCUUUUAAUAAUACUCAUCAAAGAAUUAAGUUAACCAUGCCAUCUCCAGUUGUAUUAAAUUCAAAUAAUGCUGCAUAUUUUCAACCAAGUCAACAAGUACAAGAAGUUUAUUCUGAAACGACUGGUCAUGCUGAUAUUGAAUCGUUGAAUCAUACAUCUCAAUAA